GAGCGACGAGGCAAAGAGUGAAGCAGAAAGAGAUAGCUAGCUAGCAUGUCAUCAGAAAUUGGGGUUGACCUGAAGGCGGCUCUUGCCAUGUUCGCCGUCGUCUUGCUGUACUUAGGCAUGGCGCUGGCGCCGGUGACACCAGCGUCGGCUCAGCCAUCGCCGGGCUGCCCCGACAAGUGCGGGAACAUCAGCAUCCCCUACCCCUUCGGCAUCGGCAGUGGCUGCGCCCGCGACAGCACCUUCCAGCUCGAGUGCAACCACAGCUCCUCCCCUCCACGCCUCCUUGCACGCAUCGACCCCACGUCGUCCAGUUUGAAGCUCCAUCUCGUCGGCCUGUCCCUCGCCGACGGUGAGGCCCGGAUAUACAAGAACGCGUGGACCAAGGACAGCCCGUACAGCGACGGCGCCUUCCUUGGGCGAGAAGGCCCUUUCCGCUUCUCGUCGGCGAAGAACCGCCUCGUCGCGCUCGGCUGCCCCAACCUCGGCCUUUUAAUGGACGCCGAUGAGAUGUACGUGACCGGCUGCAUGACCCUGUGCGCUUCGCCGUCGCCGGCCGCCAUUUCCGCGGCGGCGUGCACCGGCGUGGGAUGCUGCCAGACCUCGAUACCCUCCGGCCUCCACACCUACUACGUGAACCAGGACAAGCCUCGGAACGUCACCCUUCAGUACUACGGCGCCACCGAGUCUCGCUACGUGUUCGUGGCGGACGCCGAGUGGCUCGGUAGCAGCGGCGCCGGCGGCGGCUACCGCGGAGAUUUUAACCGGACCGGCGACUUCGCCGUGCCCGUCGUGCUGGAUUGGGCCAUCCGGAACAGCGGCGGCAACUGCAGCGCCGCCCGGCGUAACGCGACGGCAGACUUCGCGUGCCGCGCCGACCACAGCGUGUGCGUCGACUCCACCAACGGAGAAGGGUAUCGGUGCAAUUGCUCCGUGGGCUACGAGGGCAACCCCUACAUCAACGGCGGAUGCCGAGAUAUCAACGAGUGCGAGCGGCGGGAUAAAUACCCAUGCUUCGGCGAGUGCACCAACACGCCAGGAGCGUACUCGUGCAGAUGCCCACGAGGUGCUCGUGGUAACCCGCUCAUUCGAGGGGGCUGCGUCAAAACUAAUAUAGGUUUAACUAUUGGUAUUGGAGUUGGCAGUGGUGCCGGACUUUUGGCCAUGGUAUUCGGUGUUGUCUUUUUGACACGUAAGAUCACGAAUCGUAGAGUAAUAAAGCUUAGACAAAAAUUCUUCAAGCAGAACCGUGGGCAUUUGUUGCAACAAUUGGUAUCUCAAAAGGCUGACAUUGCUGAAAGGAUGAUCAUCCCCUUGGCAGAACUGGAGAAGGCCACGAAUAACUUUGAUGAAUCUCGUGAGCUCGGAGGAGGAGGGCAUGGCAUCGUUUACAAAGGGAUUCUAUCCGAUCUUCAUGUUGUUGCGAUCAAGAAAUCAAAGGUGGCAAUCCAAAGGGAGAUCGAUGAGUUCAUAAACGAGGUAGCCAUUCUCUCACAAAUCAACCAUCGCAAUGUGGUAAAACUUUUUGGAUGUUGCCUUGAAACAGAAGUGCCAUUAUUGGUUUAUGAAUUCAUAUCAAAUGGUACCCUUUACCACCAUCUUCAUGUUGAAGGACCACUAUCGUUGUCUUGGGAAGAUAGGCUCAGGAUUGCAACUGAAACAGCUAGAGCCCUUGCCUACCUUCACUCGGCCGUAUCAUUCCCUAUUAUACACAGGGAUAUAAAGUCCCACAACAUCCUAUUAGAUGGCUCACUAACAACAAAAGUAUCAGACUUUGGAGCUUCAAGGUGCAUUUCAGCUGAACAGACUGGGGUCACAACCGUUGUUCAAGGAACACUAGGAUAUCUAGAUCCUAUGUAUUACUACACAGGACGUCUUACCGAGAAGAGUGAUGUUUUUAGUUUCGGUGUCGUUCUAAUAGAGUUGCUUACCAGGAAGAAACCAUACUCAUACAGAUCAACUGAGGAUGAUAGUCUUGUUGCACAUUUCACUGCCUUACUCACACAUGGCAACUUGGGUCACAUACUUGAUCCUCAAAUCACGGAAGAGGGGGGUGAAGAAGUUAAAGAAGUAGCCACGUUAGCCAUGGCAUGUGUUAAGUUGAAAGCGGAGGAGCGACCGACUAUGAGACAGGUGGAGAUGACACUUGAAAGCAUACAAUCAUUAUUUCUGCAGCAAGAAGUGUUGCAUAGCGUGGCCAGGAAACAAUCCAAAGAUAAUCAUGUCCCAAGGAGCUACCCGGCAAGUGAAGGUACAAGCAAAGAAUCAACUAGGCAGUACAUCCUUGAAGAAGAGUACUUGCUCUCGUCAAGGUAUCCUAGGUAGUGGGUUUUUUUUUUUUUGGUAAGUUUGGAUCGAUAGAAAGCAUUAUCACAUUGUACGAGGUACGAAAUACAUGAAAGCUAUAUUGUUAAUAUGGGUUUUGUCUGCUUUCUUUUCCAAGCACAUAUGAAGUUGUCAUCUUUAUGCUAUCGCUAAUGUAUGCAAAUACCAUACGUCUAGUUGGGUGGCCACAUU